UGCCAUGUGUGCAGGCAGAAAACCCCAAUAACUUCAGAGUGAGACGGUUAUGCAGCCAGGGGGUUUCAGAAACAUCCUGGGAUUAUAUCACACAGUUUGUAAUCUGUACUUUAACCUCUGAAAGGUCCAAAGGUCUGAGCACUGAGACAUUUUUAAGGAGCGCAGUUGCACAACUUUCAAUUUCACUUCUCUCUCGCCGCGGUGAGAGUCGACUGUAGCACCGCACAGUCAUUAUUAAUAGUUUCCAAACAACAUGUCAGCCGCGCGGAUGCAGCUGCUGUCACCCAGAAACGUCCGGCUUUUGAGCCGCGGGCGAAGCGACUUGUUAGGCGGCAGCAGUGGAGCUCAGCAGCCCGGUGGUGGCGGUGGUGGCUCCUCCAGGCUCCGUUCACUCACCACCUCUCUGUCGUCCUCCUCUCCUCCCGGCAGAGCUUUAUCCAGCCUGAGUGCGACGCGGCGAGGGCUCCCCCAGGAGAAGAUGACCGAGAACGGAGUGACCUCCCGGGCCAAGGUGUUGACUCUCGACACCAUGAACCCCACGGUGAAGAAGGUGGAGUACGCCGUCCGGGGGCCCAUCGUGCAGCGGGCUGUGGAGCUGGAGAGGGAGCUCUCUGAGGGAAUGAAGAAGCCUUUUGUCGAGGUCAUAAAGGCCAACAUCGGCGAUGCGCAUGCUAUGGGCCAGCAGCCAAUCACUUUCUUCCGACAGGUCUUGGCGCUGUGCUCCUACCCCGAGCUGCUGAAUGACAACACAUUCCCAGAGGAUGCUAAAAGUAGAGCACGCCGCAUUCUUCAGUCCUGCGGAGGCAACAGUAUGGGUUCCUACAGUGCCAGUCAGGGCAUAGACUCUGUGCGCCAGGAUGUGGCCCGCUACAUUGAGCGAAGAGAUGGCGGUGUGCCUUGCGACCCAGACGACAUUUACCUCACCACAGGGGCCAGCGAUGGCAUUAUGACCAUGCUGAAGCUGCUGACGUGUGGCGAGGGCGCGGACCGUACAGGCAUCAUGAUCUCCAUACCUCAGUAUCCCCUGUACUCGGCUGCGCUGGCCGAAUUGGGCGCUGUGCAGAUCAACUAUUACCUUAAUGAGGAAAAGUGCUGGAGUAUGGACAUCAGUGAGCUGCAGCGUGCCCUGGAUGAAGCCCGGCGCCACUGCAACCCCCGAGCCCUGUGCAUCAUCAACCCUGGAAACCCCACUGGUCAGGUUCAGAGCAGAGAGUGCAUCGAGGACGUAAUCCGAUUUGCAGCAAGGGAACGUCUCUUCCUCAUGGCUGAUGAGGUGUACCAGGACAAUGUGUACGCUGACGGUUGCCAGUUCCACUCUUUUAAGAAGGUUUUGUUUGACUUGGGGCCGGAGUACUCAGAUACAGUGGAGCUGGCAUCUUUCCACUCCACCUCCAAAUGCUACAUGGGAGAGUGUGGCUUCCGUGGAGGCUACAUGGAGAUCAUCAACAUGGACGAUGAGGUGAAGGCCCAGCUGACCAAGCUGGUGUCUGUCCGUCUGUGUCCUCCUGUUCCUGGACAGGCUCUAAUGGACCUGGUGGUCAACCCCCCUCAGCCAGGGGAACCCUCAUAUGACAAGUUUAUCAAGGAGCGCACAGCAACCUUAAGUGCCUUAGCAGAGAAGGCCAAGCUUACAGAGCAGGUUCUCAACACUGUUCAAGGCAUCAGCUGCAAUCCUGUGCAGGGCGCCAUGUACUCCUUCCCUCGCAUAGCCAUCCCUGAAAAGGCCGUCAAAGAGGCCACGGACAAAGGUCAGCUGCCAGAUAUGUUUUACUGCAUGAAAUUGCUGGAGGAGACGGGGAUCUGCCUCGUACCGGGAAGCGGCUUCGGUCAGAAGGAUGGAACCUACCACUUCAGAAUGACCAUCUUGCCGCCGGCAGACAAGCUGACGAUCCUGCUCAACAAAGUCAAGGAGUUCCACCAGAAAUUCACACAGCAGUACUCUUAAUUUGCCACAUAUCUUCCUCCUAUUUACAGAGGGAGGAGCCCCCCAACCACAACCAAACGAACUCAGCCAAUCAGAAUUUAUCUGUCACUGAUAAGUGCCUUUCCUACGGCGGCUCUGGUGGUCUCUGUGACGACGCACUUAAGCCUCUCCAGCUAUCUCAUUUGGGACAUUCACAGACGGUACACAAGGCACUGCUUUGUGUUAGAAAACAAAACUGGAAAUGAAGAAAUUAAUUCAGAAACGUGUGUAAAGUUUGGUUUCAACUUUGAAGGAUAUGUUAUGUACUGUAGGUCUGUGUAUUUGUGAAAAUGAGAAAUAGAUUGUCUAUGUGAAUACAGCUAAAAUACAAAGGUACAAUUGAAGGAAAAGAUAAUGCUGCUUAAAACCUUUUAGUACGCGUACAACUGGUUACAAUAUUACAUUCCCACAGGCAGUACUUGGCGGGGACAAUAUGCAGAAAAGUCCCCAUUCGCAUGAUGAUUCAGAGAUGAUUUUGUAGAAUCAAAAUAAAUGUUAUAGUCGAU